GCCGGAAGCCCAAGCUCCCGACUUCUGCUUCCGGGUCAGAGCCAUGGCGGUGGCAAAUUCAAGCCCUGUCAACCCCGUGGUGUUCUUUGAUGUCAGCAUUGGCGGCCAGGAAGUUGGCCGGAUGAAGAUCGAGCUCUUUGCAGACGUUGUGCCUAAGACAGCCGAGAACUUUAGGCAGUUCUGCACUGGGGAAUUCAGAAAAGAUGGGGUUCCUAUAGGAUACAAAGGAAGCACUUUCCACAGAGUCAUAAAGGAUUUCAUGAUUCAGGGUGGAGAUUUUGUUAAUGGAGAUGGUACUGGAGUUGCCAGUAUUUACCGGGGGCCAUUUGCAGAUGAAAAUUUUAAACUUAGACACUCAGCUCCAGGCCUGCUUUCCAUGGCAAAUAGUGGUCCCAGUACAAAUGGCUGCCAGUUCUUCAUCACCUGCUCUAAGUGUGAUUGGCUGGAUGGGAAGCACGUAGUGUUUGGAAAAAUCAUUGAUGGACUUCUAGUGAUGAGAAAGAUUGAGAAUGUUCCCACAGGCCCCAACAAUAAGCCCAAGUUGCCUGUGGUGAUCUCACAGUGUGGGGAGAUGUAAUCCAGAGCAAGACGGAAUCAGACCUCCAUGUAUCUGCCAUUGUAGGCCUGCCCUUGCUCUGGGUGAUGCUCAUGAGUAGGAAAAUCUGGAUUGGAUUGGCCUCUGUGUUUGCUUCCUGGCCUGCUGUUGCCCUGUUUUAUCAAGAAACCUUGGAAGUAUCACAAUUCAGAACCCAGGAUUUUCCAUGUUUUUCAACUGUAAAUAAAGUUUUUUUGUUUUAGUAUGUGUGUUGUUGUAAUGAUAGCCCCAUCUCCUCACAACGUAGCUUUAGGCCAUUGUGGACCUGGCUCUCCAACUGCAAGACCAGUGUGAACCAGAGCCCCAAAUUUAUAAGCAUUUAUAGCAUUCCCCCUUAGGUUCAAGCUGAUUGAGCAAAGAAGGCAAAGCCCCAGGGCCAAGGUGUUCCAAGGUGUUCCCAGCAGUAGGUUUAGUUUGGUAGUUCUGAAGCCUGUGGGAAGAGAAUCGCUAACUUGUGAUAUUUCUGGAUGGGAGACCAUUGGGUAGAAUGUAUCUUGAUCAUGACAAAGUGGAAAUAAUUUAGUCAAAAAUCUUGGUUUGAACCUUGGAUUGUUUUUAAAAAACAGUUCCAGUCUUGAGAAGUAUUAUUAUCGCUAUAAAAUGGGGAUAAUAAUACCUAUCUACUUCAUAGCAUUGUUGAAAGGGUCAAGUAAGAGAGUGGAUAUGAAGGUAGCUUGUAAACACAACAUGCCUUGCAAAUGUUAGUUUUAAAAGGAAACAACCCAAUAUAAAAAGUUCCCACAGUAUAAUGUUCAAGAGAUAAAGAGUUCCCUGAUGUUCAUUUCAUGAGGCAAUGUCUAUGUUCUCCCGUUUCUCCUUUCUCCUGACUCAGAUAGGAUGACUCAUAAGAACAGAGAGCUGAACUCUAUGACAAUAGAACCUGGUCAAAAGUGCCAUUUCAGCGUAUUGGCAGGACAAGGAAGCUAGAGUAUAGAUAUCUACAACUCUACAGCUAAAUAAAUAGUGUUCAGGGGACAUAAUGAAGAAAGAACUGAUCACGUGACUAUACAGGGUGGAUUAUAAAGAGAAAGGAAGGAGAAUGAUCAGCUGGGAUCCUGAGCUGAUAUUCUUGUGAUGGGUCAUUCAGGUAACUGUCAGUUAUACUUGGCACCUGCAUUCUAUGCCAAUCUGCCCUGGGCACUGGAGCUGCAAUGAUGUGUAAGAUGUGUCCCAUGCUUGUGACAGGAGAUAGGCACAGUUUUGAUACAUGUGGUAUUAGAAUGUGACCCCUUAUGAGGGCAGGAAAUUUGGUCAAUACUUGUUUUGUUUACUGCUGUGUCCCCCAGCCCCUAGUACCUAGUAAGUGCUCAAUAAACAUUUGUUGCAUGAA